GAAAUAUCGAUCUAGGGCAUAAGUUCCAGUUUCUUUCCCCAAACUUAUGACACAAUUGUGAGAAUGGCGAUCGAAGAAACAAGAGUACGAUUGAAUCAUUUAAAAAUUUCCGAAGUAUCCACCAAAGCUAUUCCAAUCACAACCGAGGAAGAACAAUCAACGGAAGUUGUUGUUCCAACCAAAAUCGAAGAAGCAGGAAGGAAAUAUUGCUGUGCUAAUUGCUAUCGCUCAUACGGACGAGUAACUCAUGUUGCUUUGGAGUGGAGAGUCACCCUGGAACCCAUUGCUGUUGUGUCUGGUGGGAGGGGACGGGAGCACCAACCAUAUUACACUUGUCGUUUUCCAGGGAUCAAUUCGCAUCGCGUGGAAGCUGGAAUGUUAGAUCAUUCCGUAUUUAUUAGGAAGUUCAACACCGUCUGCAAUUUUUGUGGUGAAAUUGUUGGAUGGCACUUAACUGCCAAAAGUGACUAUAUGCCUGAUAAUGCAGUGUACUGGUGCGACACAUUGAUGGACAGGGAAAAGGUCGUCUUGUUAGAUGAAGAAGAAAAUGAAAUAGCAAGAGAUUGUAAUGUUGACUCUGAGAUACCGAGCAUUAACUACAUGAAGGAAAAGAAGGCGAAGAAAGUGUUGCCUCUGAGAAAAGCAUUCAAACGGCAACAUCAAUUUUUGGCUCUGGGAACUGCCCAAGUAUUGGCUCAGGGAAGAGCAGUCAAUCGGGCACGUCAAGUGUUGGCUCAGGGAACAGCAAUCAAACCGGCACCACGUAACCUUAAAUGGGAUUACUUCGCAUGAGUACUUUAAUUUUAAGCAGCUGUGGUUGGUUUGUAUAAAUGAUUAUCGGAGGGACAAUAUUUCUUCUUUGUGCUUCUUUAUGAUGUUCUAUUUAAAACAGCCCAAGUUUGGUUCUUCUUUCUAUGUUUCAGUGGAAACCGAAGCCUUUUGAAAGGAUAUGCAAUUUUCUUGAAUAGAUUUGGUUUUGCAAGAAAAACUAGCAAUCCAUGUAAAAGAAAUGGACUUCAAUGUUCUCUGAAGUUAACCAUAAAGGAUAAACAAAUUUAUGGGAAUAGCGGUUUUGGACGGUUUGUUUAAAA